UAUGGGAGAUUGGAGCCAAUAGAUACGAUGGCUGAUGUAAUAACAUUGAAAACUAUUGCUGUUGGAUACGGAGGAGUAGGAAAAACCUGCAUGUGUAUUAGAUUUGCCAGAGGAGAAUUCCCUCAUGAACAUGUUCCUACAGUAUUUGAUAAUUACUGUGUAGAUGGUGAAGUUAACGGACAGUCCUAUAAGUUGGCACUCUGGGAUACUGGGGGAGGAGAAGAUUACCACCGGUUACGUCCUCUUAGCUAUCCAGAGACCGAUGUUUUUCUACUCUUAUUUGAUGUUGCUGGUAGCCUUGUUGAUUUUGAGGAGAUCCAUUCUUACUGGUGGACUGAAUUGCAUCACCACUGCCCUGAUGUCCCAAUAAUUCUUGUUGGAGCAAAAAUAGACUUGAGAGACAAUGGUCUUACUACCAUUUCAACUGGCGAGGGUGAGGGAAUGGCUAAGAAGAUUGGGGCUGCAAAAUACAUGGAAAUAUCUUCAUUAAAGAAUACAGGUGUGACUGAGUUAUUUGAAGAGGUUGUCAGCACUGGUAUUCACUACAAUACUACAGUAAAGAGAAAGAAGAAAAAGAAAAGGAAAUGCAUUAUUUUGUAAAUGAAUCGUUAGCAACUUUAAGGAUACAACUUUAUGUAUAAUAUACAACAUUUUUAUUUUAUGAGACCCGUGUUUGGUUUUUAACUUUCUGCUCCGAUGACGAGAGAAAGUUUUUGAGGAGAGCCGUUCAGACAUGGGCACCGUAAUGUGUAAAUUAUUUAGUUACAUUUUAUACAAUAUCUUUGUCCCAUAGUAGCGGGGUAGUAAAUACGGUGUUUCCAAUUUAUUUUUAUUAAGGUUAAUCAUCAGAUUCACUUUUCAUACCUUCCUCGGCAAAGAAACAAUUAACUAUAUUAUCCAUUUUCCAUGUGAUAAUACGAGCUAUAAUUUAUUACGUAGUGGAAAAUAUAAAGAUUUGUGAAAAUAUAAAGAUUUGUGAACUGUAGAAAACAGCUGCUGCUUUGUCACAAGAUUUUUACCAGCCUUAUUCAAAUAGAUAAAAUUCUUUCAAAUGAUAUUUAUGACCUUUUUAUGUUAGAUUUCUACUCGCUUAUUUAAGAUUCUUACUUAUUAAAGGAUGCUUUCCUUCUAUCUAUUUGCUAGAAUUUGUAAUUUGUUGUUAAUAAUUUGUUUAUCUGUAAUUUUGUUUAUAUGUUAUAUUGUAUGAUAAAUUAUGAAUCGUUUAAAAGUGGUCAUCU